AUGGCAACCUCUUCCGACGCCCCCGUCGCCCUCGUGACCGGCUGCGCAACCGGCAUCGGCCUCUCCGCCGUGAAGCUGCUGGUAUCGCGCGGCUACCGCGUGCUCAUGGCCGACUGGAACUACGAAAAGAUUGCCGAAGAGUCUGUAGCCCUAGGAUCCAACACGUUUGCCGUACGGUGCGAUGUGUCGGACUGGGAGAGCCAGGUCGCUGCCUUUGACAAGGCGAUCGAGCUAUGGGGCAGGGUUGACGUUGUCGGUGCCAAUGCCGGCCUCCCCGAGCAGGUGCCCCUGCUGUUUGAUACUGGAGACGUGCCGAAGAAGCCCACUACGAUCGUGGUAGAUGUGGAUCUGGUGGGCGUGAUUUACAGCGUGAACUUGGCGCUGCACCAUUUCCGAAAGCAUGGCAGUGGCAGGGGAGGCAGGAUUGUCAUCACAUCGAGCCAGGUCGGCAUCCACGCAUUCCCGACAGGGCCGAUUUAUGGUGCGGCGAAGGCCGGGCGUGUUCCCCCACACAUCAUCACGCCGAUGGAGAACCACAUGAAGGCGUGGACCGAGUUCAUCGAGACGGAUAUCUACGGCUACGUCUACGAAGUCGAUGCGGGUGGUUUGUACAACCGCACGGCGCCCGAGUACUGGAGUCCCGAGCAUCAGUCGUGGCUUGGCGCGCCGGAAACGCAAGAGAUGUGGAGGAAAGUGGGGACGCUCGGAGCGGCGGAUGUUGAGAAAUAA